ACCACAUCUUCCUCUCUUCUCAUCACACUCGAAUACAAAUGAGACUUUGCUUUUGAUCAGUCUCAUUCCAUAAGUUCUUCACAGCAAAGAAAAUACAAGAAUAUGUGCAAAAGGGCAUUACAUUACCCCCAAGUAGAAACCCCUCCACCACAACCUUUUUUGAAAUCACUAAAGAACACUCUCAAUGAAAUCCUUUUCGCCGACGAUCCGUUCCGAAAAAUCAGGAACGAAUCGAAAACGUCGAAAAAGAUCGAGUUAGUGUUGAGACACGUGUUCCCGAUCUUGGAAUGGGCUCGUGGUUACAAUUUGAACUACUUGAAAUCAGACGUUAUCUCAGGGAUCACGAUAGCAAGUCUUGCUAUUCCUCAAGGGAUUAGCUAUGCUCAACUCGCUAAUCUCCCUCCAAUCCUUGGUCUUUACUCGAGCUUCGUGCCGCCGAUGGUUUACGCGAUAAUGGGAAGUUCAAAAGAUUUAGCGGUGGGUACAGUAGCGGUGGCGUCGCUGUUAACGGCGGCAAUGCUGGGAAAAGAGGUAAGCGCGGUGGAGAAUCCAAAACUUUACCUUCACUUAAGCACACCGCCACUUUUUCUUCUUCGCCGACUCAUGCAAACCUGCCUUGGCCUCUUACGAAACAUGUGGAGAUGGGAGAGUGGAAUACUAGGGUGUUGCUUCCUCUUUUUCCUUCUUACAACCAAGUACAUUAGCAAGAAGAGACCAAAACUAUUCUGGAUAUCUGCAAUGGCUCCACUUGUUUCUGUCAUUUUUGGAAGCCUCUUCGUUUACUUCCUCCAUGCCCAGUUCCAUGGCAUCCAAAUUAUUGGAGAAUUAAAGAAAGGGAUUAAUCCACCGUCCAUCACACAUCUGGUUUUCACGUCACCUUAUGUCACGCUGGCUCUUAAAACCGGCAUUAUCACUGGAGUCCUAGCUCUUGCUGAAGGAAUUGCAGUGGGGAGAAGCUUUGCAAUGUAUAAGAAUUACAACAUAGAUGGUAACAAAGAGAUGAUUGCAUUUGGGAUGAUGAACAUUUUUGGUUCCUUCUCCUCUUGCUAUCUCACUACCGGACCGUUUUCACGUUCCGCGGUGAACUACAACGCCGGUUGCAAAACGGCGGUAUCAAACGUGAUGGCGGUUGCAGUAGCAGUAACAUUACUGUUCUUAACGCCAUUAUUCUUUUAUACGCCGUUAGUAGUUCUGUCGUCUAUCAUCAUCGCCGCCAUGCUCGGACUCGUUGACUACGAAGCAGCCAUGCAUCUUUGGAAACUCGACAAGUUCGAUUUCUUCGUUUGUCUCUCUGCUUUCCUCGGCGUCGUUUUUGGUACCAUUGAGAUUGGUCUCAUCCUCUCUGUGGGAAUAUCAGUGCUGAGGUUACUGUUGUUCGUGGGAAGACCAAAGAUAUAUUUAAUGGGAAAGAUUCAGAACACAGAGAUCUAUAGGAACAUUGAACAGUACCCUCAAGCAACUACUCUCUCUGGCCUCAUCAUUCUCCAUAUCGAUGGUCCUAUUUACUUCGCCAACUCUAGCUACUUGCGAGAUAGAAUUGGAAGGUGGAUCGAUGAGGAGGAAGAGAAACUGAGAAAGAGUGAAGACAGUCUACAAUACAUCAUACUUGAUUUGAGUGCUGUGGGGAACAUCGACACGAGUGGUAUAAGCAUGCUUGAGGAAGUCAACAAAAUACUAGGACGAAGAGACCUCAAGCUAGUGAUAGCAAACCCAGGAGCAGAGUUGAUGAAGAAGCUAAGCAAGUCCAAGUUCAUAGAGACCAUCGGCAACUGGAUUCAUCUCACGGUAGCAGAAGCCGUCUCAGCCUGCGACCACAUGCUCCAAACAGCUAAACCGGACUCACCGGAGAAAAUCUCCGGUGUACCGGAAUUCAACAACGUUUAAGAUGGUUACAAAUUAAAAUCUCACAUUAAUAUAUUUUCACCAAGAAUAAAGUCGAAAAGCUAAGAGUCUGUCUGUUAUUCAAAUUUUCACUACUUACUACUAUUGCGUUCAAAAAAUAACGCUGUUAAAUUAAACCAUUUUUCACAUGAGAA